AUGGAUUCGGCUGAGAAGAAACUCUCAUUGCCUGGAGAUGGGGCAUGUAAAGGAGGAGAAAUCCCAUCAAUUUGCUACUGGAGCGCUAUUGAUGUUGGCCGUUUUGGCCAGGAGACUGCCGCAAAGCGGAUUGGAUCAUGUGACCGGAAGAAACUCGAUGCGGAGAAGAGUGCAAGCAAUUUUGUUAUCAGGACAUCAGGAGACCUGUGCGGACCUUUGGUACAUAGUCGAAAUUACUACUCGCGGGCUAGAGACACCAAGAAAGAAAUGGGUAUUGUGUCAGUGAUUGUCGUGUGUGCUCUAAUUAUAUCACUCAUUAUGGCAACAUUAAAGAAACUGCACAACUUCUUUUUUGGUAGCCGUUUAAGCUCAAAUAUCCCGAGUCCGCCAGCCUAUCCAUUCCUCCGCCAUGUACCAUAUUUUCUGCACGCUACCGAUUAUGACAAAAAAAUGCAGAAAUGGGAAGAAACCUACAAAAAGGAUGGACUUUUCAUGUUUGAUGUCCUAGUAGGUCCAAAGAGGGUUUGUAUUUUGAGAGAGGAUUUUAUCAAGCAGGUUCUUGUAACAAAAUGUACAAAGUAUGGUAGACCAAAGAUGCUACAAAGUGUGUUUCCAAAGAUGGGAGUUUUUAUGGUUAAUGGUAAAGAACAUGCAUGGCAAAGAAAAAUGUUGAACCCUUCAUUCUCCUUUUCAUCUUUACUGUCAUUUGUGGAAAUCUUUGAUGCCAACACAAACAAUUUGAUAAAGUAUUGGAAAGACAAAGCUGAAAGCUCUUUGUCUGGAGUAGCUGAGGCAGACAUUCAUAGGGAUUUAAGCAAAUUAGCUUUGGAUGCUAUAGGGGAGACAGCUUUUGGAUAUAAUUUAAAAACACUUACUACUGGAGAAAACAAAGUCAGUCAGGCUGUAGAGCUCAUUUUGUCAGGGAAAAUGGGCGUGGUUGCAAGAGUAUUGAGAAAAUACAUACCAUUCUAUGACAUGAUUCCUUUCCAAGAAAAUGUCCAAUUGAAGAAAGCUGCAGAAGUAAUGAAUAAUUUUGUAAAUGAGAUUAUCAAGAAAAAGCGAGAAGCAUUGAAAAGUGGUGAAGAUCCGAAUGGUGUGGUAUCAAAAGAUUUGCUUGGUAAAAUGAUUUUAUUACAAGAUGAAGAGACAGGCAAAAGAUUAUCAGAUGAAAUGAUUGAAGCUCAAGUUCACACCUUCAUGGUUGCUGGACAUGAAACGACAAGUGUUUGCCUCACAUGGACAUUGUAUCUUCUGGCAAAACAUCCUGAUGUUCAAGAGAAGGCCAGGAAAGAAGCUACAUCUAUUCUUGCUGGUACUGAUGUGUUUCAAGGGGAACACCUUGAGGGCCUUAAAUAUGUAACAGCUGUCAUAAAGGAAUCCCUUCGCAUCUAUUCCCCUGCAGCAGUCAAUAUGAGGGAAGCAUUGCAGGAUGAUCAACUUGGGGAAUACAGUAUCCCAAAGGGAACAUAUAUCCUGAUUCCUGUUUGUGCUAUUCAUCAUAUAGAGGAGUUUUGGCCAAAUCCUGACAAGUUUAUGCCUGAAAGAUUCCUUUCUGAAGGCACAAAGCAACCUGAAAUUGGUAAUUACAAAUUCAUGCCGUUCUCAAAUGGUCCACGCAAUUGUAUUGGUUGGCGGUUUUCAAUGAUGGAAAUGAAAGUUGUCAUUGCAAAGCUACUGACCACAUUCAAGUUUGAACUGGACCCGAGACAAGAAGAGAUGCGUACCAAAAUGAAGCUCACAUUAAAGCCCCAUCCAAAGCCAAUUUUAAGAGUUUCGCCCAUUGAUUAGUAAUUCUGAGGUGAAAUUUUGUUUUUCUAUAAUGAACUGUCGUCACUGUUGGUAGCCCGCUCGAAUUUAUAGUCCAGUUGUCAUUUAUGUUGUCAGUUAAGACACGCGACAUUUACACAUCAAUGUGGAUUCACAUAGAAGAAAUAUAAAUUUAUAUAACCGUAGUUUUAGAACAGUUUUUGUUUUAAACCUGUUUAAAACAGGAUUGAUAGUGAGACUGAAUUUUACACCAAUCACAUAGAAAUAGAAUUGUUUAUAACUGUAGUUUUAGAACAGUUUUUUGUUGUAAACGUGUUUAAAACAGGAUUGAUAGUGAGACUGAAUUUGACACCAAUGUGGAUUCACAUAGAAACAGAAUUGUAUAUAACGGUAGUUUUAGAACAGUUUUUUGUUGUAAACCUGUUUAAAACAGGAUUGAUAGUGAGACUGAAUUUUACACCAAUGUGGAUUCACAUAGAAAUAGAAUUGUAUAUAACCGUAGUUUUAGAACAGUUUUUGUUGUAAACCUGUUUAAAACAGGAUUGAUAGUGAGACUGAAUUUUACACCAAUGUGGAUUCACAUAGAAACAGAAUUGUAUAUAACCGUAGUUUUAGAACAGUUUUUGUUGUAAACCUGUUUAAAACAGGAUUGAUAGUGAGACUGAAUUUUACACCAAUGUGGAUUCACAUAGAAACAGAAUUGUAUAUAACCGUAGUUUUAGAACAGUUUUUUGUUGUAAACCUGUUUAAAACAGGAUCGAUAGUGAGACUGAAUUUUUCAUUUUUAUUAAUAUUAUGUGCUGUGGCGCAUACUUAAGGUUUCAAGUUAUUGUAUGUUUACUUGUUUAUAAAAAAUGUCAAGCAUUGGAAUCAUUUGUCUUUGUUUCCCAUUUGUCGUUGAUCAACAAUUCGAUCUCUCGCAUUAGUAACAGCAUUAUCGAUACGAUUACCAUCCCUUUGCUUGCUACAGUGAAAUUUUUUUAUUGAGUGUGACCAAGAGAAAGUUUUUUAUUGGGUGUGGCAACCCUCCAUCCUGGAGUCAGGGAAGAGGGUUGCCUUGCUCAUUUGAAGAUUUUGGCUCGCCUGUCUCCCAAACAGUUAUAUAUGAAAGUAGAACCGCAUACCUGUAUUGCAGAUUUUCUAGUUCUUUGUUGUAGGUGCCCUUUUUUAAAUUGUCUAAAGGAGUGUAAGAGAACAUCUCCGCAUGAAAGCAGACCUACCAAGUCACACGCAUUUUGCGUGAGACAAAUGCAUUUUGGUCCUUUCUCACGCUCACAUGCAUCGAAGCAGGAUUCUCACGCAUUUUGCAACAAACUUCUUGGUUUAUUUAAAAUUUAUUAAAUUUUUAUUCCAAAUCCUAGCAAAAUCGCUCGUUUUUAACAAGGCAUGUUGGCAAGAUAACAGCGACUAGAUAAUAAGAUGACUAGAUAACAGCGAAUCUGCACAGGUUAAGUGAUGUUACAUUUAUUGGCAAGCCUACACGAAUAACAGGUUAGCUCUAUUGCGACUAUUUGGGAUAUCAGUUACAAUACGACGCUCUGCUUGCUCGUACGUACAUUCCUUCCUCUGCAUUCCUGGUCUACAGUGCUGUGUGCUUUUGCAAUCAUUGCACAGCGCAAGUGCACCAGAUUAAUUUAUUUCAUGAUUAUGUACUGUUAUAAAUUCUUUUUCAAUAAAAACAGAAUAAAAUGGCGAAAAAAGCCCCCUCGAUCCCCCUGCCGCUUCUGCGGUCCCUGCUAAAAAGGUGUUUGCGAAGAACUAGAGGGCGUUGCAAAGGAAAAGUUUCUGUGGCUACGCCCUGUGACCCUGCUUUGCUUUAUAGCUAAACUUCAUGCAUAUGGUUUUGAAGAAAAUGCCCUGGUUCUGUUCUAUUCCUAUCUUAAAAAACGGAAGCAGAGUGUCCGAAUAAAUAACGUCUACAGUUUUUUUCCAAGAAAUUGUAUCAGGAGUCCCACAGGGAUCCGUUUUAGGUCCCAUUCUGCUCAAUUUCUACAUAAAUGACCUUUUCUCUUUUAUAAAGCAAGCAACCAUGUACAAUUAUGCUGAUGACAACACGCUUGCUUUCCUUUCCAAAUCCUUGCCAGAUCUCGUCAGGGUUUUUGAAAAUGAAGCCAACAGCGCUUUGUCAUGGCUCGAACGAAAUGAGAUGAUUGCGAACCCGAACAAAUUCCAUGCACUUUUUGUUAAAAAGGACCAGACAAAUACUUCUGGCAUAAAUCUUAAUUUUCAAGGACAUUCUAUCAAAUCUGAAGAGACUGUCAAACUCCUAGGUGUAACACUAGAUUACAAACUGAACUUUGACCCACAUAUAUCAAACCUUUGUAAAAAAGCUGCGGCACAACUGAACGUUCUUAAGCGACUGAAGUCAUUUUUUGGUUUCGCUGAAAAAGAAGUUCUGGUUCAAAGUUUCGUAUACUCGAAUUUUAACUAUUGUCCUUUAGUUUGGUAUUUUUCAUCUUCAAAAUCACUUCAGAAAAUUGAAAGGAUACAGGAACGCGCGCUAAGAUUUUUGUACAAUGAUCAUAAAAGUUCUUAUGAUGAUCUUCUUACUAGGUCAAAAAAGUGUACAAUGCAAGUUGCUCGUCAGAGAACCCUCUGUAUCGAAAUAUUCAAGACAAUUUGAAUAUUUGAAAUUUGAAUCCACCUUUUAUGCAUAGCAUUUGUAGUUCAAGAACAUUAAAACAUCCUUCUCGGAAUCCUAAAAACUUAAAUCAUUUUCGACCAAACCAAGUAACUUUCGGUUCCAAGAGCCUUAAAGCCAUAGGACCUCAGGUCUGGAACUGUCUGCCAAAUGAACUAAAAUCAGCUGACAAUCUUAACAGCUUCAAACGUGUGAUAACACGGUGGGAUGGUCCUAGCUGUAAAUGCAAUGUUUGCAAAUAUAAUGAUUUCGAUAUCCUGUAAUAAUUGUCCAUUCAUAUCCAAGUUGCUUCAAAUAUUUAGCUUAUGUAUGUACGUAUUUAUUUCCUUAGUUAUUUCCUCUUCAUUUGUUAUACAGUAGAUUCGAUUUAGAUUAGGUGUAUGUGUAUAUAUCCAUAUAUAUAUAUAUGUAUAGCUAGAAAAAAUAUCGAAUUAAAAUAAGGUUACAAACAAACAAACAAAUAAGAAUCAAAAUGGCAGGAAACUCGAGAAAAUAUUACAAUCUUUUAAUUUAAAAAACAUCAUAAAAGAAACAACACAAAUCAGCACAACAGAAACUCUGAUAGACCUAGUUAUUUUGAGCAAUCACAUUGACAGAAAUGUGAAAAUCUCAUCAUGUAGAGCAUAUGAACCAGCUAUAUCAGACCACAAGCUCAUUUUCUGCACACUUAACAUCAAAAGCAGUUAUGAAAAACCAAUUUAUAAAUGUGUAAAAGAUAGAAUGGUCUUCAACCAAUAAAAGUUUCAAAAACUCUUUGAUUAAACACAAUGGUGGGCUGUAACUACUUUUGAAGAUGUAUCUGAUGCCGCACAUUCUUGGGAAUGCAUGUAUGAAGACACAUUAAAAGAUCUUAUUAAGAAGAGGAUUACAAAAGUUAGAGCAAAAAGCCUUCCUUGGAUCACAAGAGACAUAAAGAAGACAAUGAACUAGCGAUACAAAGCACUUCUGAGAUGGCAGAGAGAAUUAGAAAACCUGUCUUUGAAAGAAGACUAUCAGGAAGUGAAAAAAAAAGUAAAUGUAACAUUAAGGAAGACUGAAGCCACACACUGGAAAGUUGGAUUUGAAAAGAGGCUUCAGGCUCAAAAGAAUUCUGGCAGUUAGUUAGUAAGAUCAGGGGAAAGUCAAGUAAUCCAAACAUUUCUGGCUUGAAGGAUGAGAAUGGAAAUAUGAAAGUUUUAGAUCAAAAAAAGGCUUACUUGCUAAAUAAAUUUUUCGCAAAUAUAGAAAAGAAUCUAGCAAAGAAUGUUAGCACUACAGUAAAGGAAAAUGAUGCAAGCUUCAUAAAAAUAGAUGAAAAGAAUGUUAAACCAUCAUAUUGCUAUCUUCAAGCCAUUCAAAGGCAUGGAGGUUGAUAAAGUAUCCCCAGAGAGUUAAAAAUGGGAGGCGAGUCAGUGGUACCAGGCCUGCAGAUUGUAUUCAAUAAAAUCAUGGAAGGCAAAACAGUACCUGACAAUUGGAAGAAGGCUAGACUGAAAAGUGCCUUCUUCCAAUUUGGUGCUAAAAAGAGACAGAAAAUUAGCGACCCCCGUUCUAUGUUGACCAUACCUAAAAGUAGACAACAACCUAAAUUGGAACCUUCACAAAGAUGGGAUAUCAAGGUCAUUCAAGGCAAAGGUUAGUAAGUUAAGAGGGAUGUAUUACUCAUCUGCAACGGUCAGAGAAGAAAUUUACUUUAAGACAAUCAUUUCGUCGAUUGGCAUGGCAUGGAAUGGCAGUCUGGAGAACGUGUUCGCCAGCACUGAUGACUGAAAUUGAAAAGACCCACGUCCGAGCUAAUAAACUGAUUCACAACUUGCCUAGUAAUAUAAGCAUUGAAAACGUUGGAUUACGUUUACAAAAGAAAGAUCUUAACUUUUGUGCACAAAUCCUACCAUAGAAACGACGGACAGGCUAAGUCAUAUGUGGCCAUGAACGUAAACAGAUAUGCAAAAAGGGACAUGCUAUUAAUACCAACGGCAUGCUCUGAGAAAGGCAGGACAUCAUUUAGUUAUAGGGGACCGUUAUUAUGGAACAACCCAAAACCAAAAAUUCGUGCAAUAACAAACUUAAGUUCGUUUAAGAGAAAACUUAGAGACAAUAAGACAUUUUAGAAAUGUCAAAAAAUGUCUGAUGUUUUUCACCACAGAGGUAAGGCCGAAAAAGUUCUCCAAAGUUAUUUAAAGCGUCUGUAACGUUCUUUACCUGUCCUUGGAGGUCUUCAAAUUCCAACCAAGAAAUUUCUCUAGUCCUCUUCCUGCCCUCACUGAUAUACAAUCACUGAUAUACAAUGCAUCUUUAGAAAGGGUCAUUUUCCCCCAAAUCUGGAAAUUAGCCAGAGUAACACCUAUUCAUAUAGAGGGCACAAAAAUAGAUUUAAACAAUUACUGGCCUAUCUUAGUGUUAUCAGUUGUGUCUAGAAUUCUAGAAAAGAUUAUACACGACCAACUAAUGGAGUUUCUAAAGAGACAAAAUUGGCUUUAGAUAUUCAGGAACAAAGCAAUACGAC